AUGGUUGCCGAAACUAGCAGUCCGUCGACUGCACAACUCCAGAGAGUCGAUGCGCAACCUGAGAACCCAUAUGCUGCUCUGAUCGAGGAGCAGUCAAUUGCGAUUGUUCCUUCCUUUACCCUCGAGUCCGGUGUUACUCUGUACGAUGUACCGGUCGCCUAUACUACUCGGGGUGUUCUCUCCCCUAAGGGUGACAAUGUCUUGGUGAUCUGUCACGCUCUAAGUGGUAGUGCCGACGUGGCCGAUUGGUGGGGUCCCCUCCUGGGAGGCCCGGGCCAGGCAUUCGAUGUCUCCCGGUUCUUCGUGGUCUGCCUGAACAGUCUGGGCAGCCCAUACGGCAGCGCGAGUGCGGUGACCUACAAGGAUGGUAAGCCUGAGAAUGGCUACUAUGGUCCAGAGUUCCCCCUCACCACUGUGCGGGAUGAUGUAAACAUCCACAAACUCGUCCUGGAUGAUCUUGGCGUGAAGCAGAUUGCUGCUGUUGUUGGUGGCUCUAUGGGUGGCAUGCUCACCCUCGAGUACUCUUUCUUUGGCAAGGAUUAUGUUCGUGCCAUUGUUCCUAUCGCCACAUCUGCCCGCCACUCGGCGUGGUGCAUCAGUUGGGGUGAGGCACAGAGACAAAGCAUCUACAGUGACCCCAAGUACGAUGACGGAUACUAUCCAUUUAAUGACCCACCAGCCACUGGUCUUGGGGCGGCCCGUAUGUCGGCAUUGCUCACCUACCGCAGCCGCAACUCGUUUGAGUCCCGGUUUGGCCGGAACGUGCCGGACCCCUCGAAGCGCCAGAACAUCAAUGGCACCGAGAAGCUGCCUACUCCUCCCAAUGAGCAUUGGGCUAUUCACAACGAUGGACAUCGAGGUGGUGCUUCAUCGCGGUCGGAGAGCCGACAGAACUCUCCUGUCCCUCAGUCGGAUAUUCAGUACAUGGACCCCCAGUUCUCCGGCACCAAGACGUUCUCGGCGCCGACUCCAACCAAGCCCGACGGUCGUCCUCGCCCACCAACAUACUUCUCUGCCCAGUCGUACCUCCGUUAUCAGGGCGACAAGUUCGUGAAGCGCUUUGAUGCCAACUGCUACAUCGCCAUGACCCGCAAGCUGGACACCCACGACGUGUCCCGGCACCGCUCCAGUCCGGACUCUGAGAAUCCUGUCCUGGAGGCUCUCUCCACGGUCCAACAGCCAGCUCUUGUCCUGGGUAUCGAGUCCGAUGGCCUCUUCACCUUUGCCGAGCAGCAGGAAAUCGCCGCUGGCAUCCCUGACUCGCGCCUGAAGCGCAUCGAUAGCCCGGAGGGUCACGACGCCUUCCUGCUGCAGUUUGAGCAGGUCAACCGUCACAUCGUGGAGUUCUUCCACGAGGUUUUGCCCGACAUCAUGGCACAGUCCAGCACCGAUGGCGCGGCCGCUGUGGCGAGCGUCACCAAGCUGACGAAGAGCAGCACCUUCGGUGAGGCCGAAGUGGAGGAUAUCACUGCGUGGUAG